GCAACAGGAAAGCAGAGUUGGGAGGAUCUGGGGAAAUGAACAGGGGGAGGAAGGAAGCUAAGGGGAAUGGAGCAGGAGGAAGGAAUACAAGAGGAGGUAACAGAGCAAGAGUGGGAUGCUGAGGAGAACAUCAGGCAGCUGGAUGGAACACUUCAGGAGCAAUUCACAGAGCUGGAGGAAAGUGAACAGGAGAAUUUUCUAGAAAAGGAAGGAGGACCACAGGAAGAGAGCACUGAGCUGGAUGGAGCUAUGCCGCAAGAAAUCCCAGAAGAGAUUGGCAGGGAUCAUGAGUGUGUCACAGGUAUGGCUGGAGGAGCCAGGCCAAAGAUCAAGGAGCAGGUUCAAGGUGGGCAGGAAGAUUAUAUAGAGCAGCCUACAGAAGCCCCCAAAAGGAAUACUGAGCAAAUUAGAGCAAGCCAAGAUGUAUUCAGAGGGUGGACCACAGGAACCCAUAGGAAGAUCCUGAGGCAGGCUGGGAGAUCCUGGGAAGAGAUCACAGACCAAGCGGGAAGAGGGCAAGGGAAGAUGGCAGAACAGGACAACCAAGGUCAAGAAGCAGGUCUAAAACUAGUCAGGGACCUCUUGGCUGUUGUUGCCAGGUCUGACCUUCCCCACGAGGAAAAGCUGGAGCUGGAAUUUGUGACUCUCCAGUUUAUGAUGGGAGGCAACGUGCACUUGCUUGGGGAGCUACAAAACCAGGCAGUGGUGGAGACCUUCCGCCAGGAGGUGUUUGCAAAGUUCCCAAUCCCAGCUUUCCAUGUGACAAGCUCAGUGAUCUGUUGCGACCAAGCAGCCAGCCAAAGGCCCGAGAGACCCCAGGUCCUGACUGAAAAUGGCUGCUCCAGGCAACAAGAAAGAAUCUACUCCCAGCUCAUCUUCUUCCUGUGCAGAGCCCCUUUCUUAAAGUCGUGGGACCAACUGGAUCGACUGGCCGAAAUGCUGCACAAGCUGAAGAACUGCAUCUACUAUAACCCGGUGGCUCUGGUUGGGGUCAUUGUGCAGGUGGAUCCUGACCCGGGUUUGGAUGCAGAACAAGAGGCCCGGGCACGGCGCUGGCUGAGGUGCUUGUUAGAUGGGUUCUUCUGCUGCGACCUACUGUUAGAUCAGGAUGGGACAGAGCCAGAAGUUCAAGUUCAGGUGGCUGUCUAUCAGUCAGGCCAGCCCGAGAGGGCUUUAGAGGUGAAGAGAGCAGCAUGCCAGGCAAUACGAGCAGCUCUAAAGUUCUGAAUUGGCACCACAGAUGAACACUCUGCUCACAUCAGGUAAGGUUAAAGGAACAGAGCAACACUGACUACUAGAAUGAGUUGGAAUCUAGAUGCAAGGGGACAGCAGAAACAGAUUCCCCAUCCCCCCUCACUGGUCCAGGGCCUAGGAGAUGAAGCAGUUAUGUGAAUAGUUGCAGAGCAUGUUGGAAUUAAUUAAUUCACCAAUGAGCGCAAGGCAAUUGGAUGGCUGCCUGACCGUUACCUAGAUUUCACAUCCCUGAAUGUUGGUUGAAGUGUAUGGAGCAUUAGGCGAUGGGCAGUACCUCCGGUGGUGAACACAUCAUGCUCCUUCUGAGGUAGUUUGUCCACCUUUGGCCCCCACCCUCCACUCAGCUCUCACCUGUGGUUUCUAGAAGCUGCCAGCAUGCAACAGCAGCCACACCCCAGGAAUGGCUUCAGCUGACCCGCUAAACCAAGUGAGGGUAGGUAGUGGGUCUCAACCUCUAAGUGAGUUAGGGACUUCCCCUGCAUGUGAAGUCAGGCUGCGGCAGUUUGGGUGGAUGAGAUCCAUAGUUGGUCCAACGGUCAAGAUGGCGGUUUCUGCUCAUGCUGUAGAGGGAAAUGAGGGGCAGAUGGGACUAGUCAACCUAGGAAGGGUGCCCAUCUAGGAGAAGAAAAACUCUUGAUCCUAAACCUCUGCUGCCUUGCGGGAUAUCUUCAGAAGAAAAGGCUAAGGAGUAAACCCUACACAAAGUUCCUAAGUUAGAUGGCGUCUUGUACACCUCCGGCAACUAAGCUGGUGCCAAACAUAUUGCUCUGCUUUCCUUUGGACCUCAUCAGCGAGGCCAAGAUGGGAGUGUUGUCAUCUGGGCAGCCCGGGAGCUUCAUACAUGCUGCCCAGGCUUGUGUCCCAGGGAAGUCACUUCAGUGCUGCUAACACAGUGGUUUGACUUCACUCCCAGAGGCACACUCCAUUGUCUCUCGAGACAGACAGGUGCCAACAAUGGCAGGAGGUGUGUGUUGAAGUCAGAUCAGCUAGACUUGAAGCUGCAAGACCACUAAGAGCAUCUCAUAGUUGUUAAAGCUGUUCCUUGUAAUAGGCAAAUAUUCUGCACACAUUCUUAUACUGCACUUGUAUCUACACACCCAGAUUUGUAAUACCCAGAUCAUUGAUGCUAGAACAAUGCAAGGCCAAAGGGCUUUUUAAAACAACAUGCCUCAUAUCGCAUCACAGCCAUGGCAGGAGAAUCUUGCUUCUGCAGUGCCCCUUUCUAUGCUGCAGUCUCAUUUCGCUUUAAUCCAAGGCAGUGUGUUGUGAUCACCGUUUCCUGGUUUUACAAACGGGCUAAUAUAAGCCACAAAGGUUGGCCACUUACGCUUCCUCCAAGAGAGAAAACCUUACCCUACAAAAAAGAAAGAGGACAUAAAUCUCCAUAGGCUAAUUUAUAUUCAUAGACACAAAUUUAGAAACAUUUAUUAAAAUUCAAAUAGAAAUACAACGCAUCUCACUAUAGUGACAAAGAUGGUGAUCAGGUGAGCUGUGGGUCUGCUCAAUCUGUUGUUCAGGUGGCUGCUGUUACAUGCUGACAGCUUCUAGAAGCCACAGGUGAUAGGAGAGUGCAGGCUGCGGGCCAAAGGUGGGUAAACUACCCCAGAGGGAGCACAAUGUGUCCUCCACCAGAUGUACUACCCCUCCUUUAACCCCCUAUAUGUAACCAUGCACAUACACUGUUAUUAUUAUUAAAAUCUUAACCACCCUUCAUCAUGAUUCCAGGGCAGUGGUUUGAGUUCUUGGCCAAAAAGCAGCACAGCCAUUUAUUUCUCUCUUCGCUUAUGCUAUUUCCCCCCCUUUCAGAUCAUUCAUAUUAUUCUGUAAUUCCCUUUUAACUCUUCCAUGGCCACACCUCUAAAUCUAUUCUGUUGUUCUGGCUAGCUUCCUCUGCUUCUUUCAAGUCCCACCACAAGACCAUCCUUCUAAAAAAAAAAAGAAAGAAAAAGAUCUGUAAUUAAAUCACUCUGGUCCAUCUUUUAUCUUCUAUUGCCUUUUUCGUGUCCCUCAAAGUCAGGGAUUGACAACGCAGCACCCACAGACAUCAGGGUGCCCACCAGAACCUCCUACUGUGCCUGCAAAAGGUCUCAGUAAAUAUCCCCUAAAAACCCACAAUGCAGGAGAUAGCUUGCUCUUCUGACUCAGUUAGCUUGUCUUCUGACACCCCACAACAGCCAUUUUGUGACUGGCACCCAUGGACCUUUCUCAAUAUAUCAGAUAUACCCACUGGCCCCCAACGGUUGGAACCCCCAGUUACUAUAGUUGUUAAAUGGCACUGCCCUCUUUUUCAAACCCGUCUCAUCCACAUGUCAUGCUUGCAGGGCUCUUGAUAUAGUACCUAACAAACAGAAGACACUAAAUAGAUGUUGAGUCUGAUUGUCAUGGUGGCUAGUCCUAUUGGGACUUGGCUGGAGCCAGAGUCAAUGACAGGCAGAGGCAACUAAUUCUAGUUUCACCCCACAUCUUCCUCCCUGCUAAGGUCUACAAUGGUAGGACUGAGGUUAAGGAGAAGGAAGCUGACAAGUCAGUGGUACCUCCUGGACUGGAUGUAAGGAAGGCAGGCUUCGGUUGGACUAUAGUUGGUGGGGCAGUUGCCCACAUGCCCCAAUAGACCAGUCUCCACAGCUGCUAAAUGUCAAUUAACACUGGCGUAGGUAGAAAUUGGAACCAAAAAUGCAGCAACUCUAUGCAUUACAGUGGUACCUUGGGUUACAGAUGCUUCAGGUUACAGAUUCCGCUAACCCAGAAAUAAUACCUGAGAUUAAGAAUUUUGCUUCAGGAUGAGAACAGAAAUUGUGCGGUGGCAGCGCAGCAGCAGCCUGAGGCCCCAUUAGCUAAAGUGGUGCUUCAGGUUAAGAACAGUUUGAGGUUAAGAACGGACCUCCAGAAUGAAUUAAGUUCUUAACCCGAGGUACUACUGUACUAUGUGACAUGUAGAAAUGUUUCACAAUAAGCUUGUUACUUUCAGAUUAAUUAGCAGUCACCUACUUUAAAUAUUCAUAUUAUGUUGUUUUUAUUUACAGCUCUCCAGUAAUACUCAAGAUCUCAUUCAUCACUGGAACAUCAUUUAAAAUUCAGAUUAUUCCCUCCAA